ACGAAGACCGUAGCAAAUGACUUGAAAAGAAAUCCAAAUUUGCAUGUGAAUUCUUAUAUAUUUAAAACGUGACAUACUUGGCAUGAAAUGACAUCCACGUUUAACUGUUACUCGGUGUAAUGAUUGAAUUACUUUUAAUAGAACCGACCCAAAAACAAUACUGUUGUACAUUACUAUAAUUUGUAAAACUUAGAUGGAGGGAAUAAAUUCAAUAGUAUACAUGUAUACUAUUAACCUUCUUCUUUUUUGAGAAAGGGUUUUGACAUGUACUAUUCCUUCCUUAAUUAGUUUCCUCUCAAAAUCGCAUUUACUACAGAUACAUCAUCCAACGAUGUAACAGCUUCGUGCCGCGUGUACUAACUCCAAAGUCCAAACACAAGAUUCCAAAAAAAUGUUAUAAAGUUGACAAAAAAGAUUUUCAUGGACCCAUAUGUACAUUACCAACGUCCGCCUAUAUAAACCCUAAAUGUCGUCUGUUUGUUUUCAAAUCUUCACAAGACUUUCUAUCCUUUGACGUGGGAAUGAAUAAUGAUCAGUUUGAUCAGUUUGAUCCCACGAGAAUGAAUAAUUCAGAAAAUGUUCAAUCUUAUGUUCAAAACGAAAAUUUCACCCCUGUUUCACAACCAUCUUACUUGACAAGAGAUCAAGAGCAUGAGAUCAUCGUCUCUACUCUGCGACAAGUGAUAUCCAGCCCCGGUGGUGACACUUCUUCAUCAUACUGGAUCGCUAGUGAAGUUCUUCCGCCUCCGGACGCUGGCCCUUGUCCUAUCUGCGGUGUCACCGGUUGCUACGGCUGCGCUUUCCCACGGCCCGUAGAGAUAAAGAAGGAGAAGAAGCACAAAGGAGUGAGGAAGAAGCCAUCAGGUAAAUGGUCGGCUGAGAUACGGGAUCCGAGUAUAAAGGCAAGGAGAUGGCUUGGAACGUUUCCCACCUAUGAUAUGGCAGUGCAGUCUUAUGAAGAAGCAAAAUACGAGCUUGCCGUAAGAAGGUCGGCGUGA